AUGGGAAAAUCAUCCAAGGAUAAGAGAGACGCCUACUACCGUCUGGCAAAAGAAGAAGGAUGGCGAGCCAGAUCAGCCUACAAACUUCUCCAACUAGACGAAGAAUUUAACCUAUUCGAAGGAGUCACACGAGUUGUCGAUCUAUGCGCCGCACCAGGAAGUUGGAGUCAAGUACUCUCACGUGUACUCAUCAAAGGAGAGAAGUUUGGACGAGCAGGUUGGCAGGAUAAGCAAGCUGCCGCAAGAAGUUAUGUACUGGGUCUUGACAAGAAAGAGUCAACUUCGCAGGCAACCCCUCCAUCAGAAGUAAAAGCGGAAGACAAACCAAAGCCUAGAGAAGGCGUGCGCAUCGUGGCCAUCGAUCUCCAGCCCAUGAGCCCCCUCGAAGGUGUGACAACAAUGCGUGCAGACAUCACUCACCCCUCCACCAUUCCUCUGAUGCUCAAAGCCCUGGACCCAGACACGUACAAUCCCGCUGCACCUCAAGGCUCAUCGCCUGUUGACCUUGUCAUCUCGGACGGCGCGCCCGAUGUCACUGGACUGCAUGAUCUAGACAUUUACGUACAAAGCCAGCUCUUGUGGGCGGCGCUCAACCUCGCUCUCUGCGUCCUGAAACCUGGAGGCAAGUUCGUAGCCAAGAUUUUUAGAGGCAAGGAUGUCGAUCUGCUGUUCGCACAGUUGAAGAUCGUGUUUGAAAGGGUGCGUGUAGCAAAACCUAGGAGUAGUCGCGCAAGUAGUAUCGAGGCGUUCGUUGUAUGCGAGGGCUUUUGUCCACCAGAAGGUUUCACUGCUAGUUUGGACAAGCCGCUCGGCGCGGGGACGCAAUUACCUACCCCAGCACCUUCGGACACACAGAGACAGGAGAAGAAGGUCACUCGACGUGUUCGAGAGGAUGGAGCUAUUGAGAUUGAUCUGGGUUCUGAGACUGAAGAUGAAAACGACAUCGAGGAAGGCGGACAGCGAUGGAUAGCACCGUUCCUGGCUUGUGGUGAUCUAUCGGCGUAUGAUUCGGAUGCAACGUAUCAUCUGCCCAAGGACAGAGUCAGUCUGGAUCCCGUUCAACCACCUACUGCGCCACCGUACAAGAGGGCGCUAGAAAUGCGGAAAUUGGCUGGUGGUGCAUAUGGAAAGACAAAAGGGAGGGUAGAGAAGGAAGCGAAGUAG